GCUCUCCGUCUCAACGCAACCCACAUACACCGACUCUCUUCUAGGCUCCAUUUUUUUGGGCAAGCAAAUGUUCAAAUAUCCACCUCGCUUGCUGGGCCGUCAACUGUAGCGCGGUCGAAUUGUUGCUCAAUCGUGCUGAACGAUUCUCUGAGGUUCAACGUACGUUAUAAGGGCGUGCUCCGAAUAAUCACCUUACGGACCUUGCGAGGACCCAGGAAACCCAGUCUCGGAUUCUCAAGGACAAUCGUCGACUAUUCCCAUCAUUUGGCCAGUGAAACGCUGCCGGUCUGACGCUGCCUGUUCUUUGCUUGACAUUUCAUUUUGCUCAUCUGUACUCCGUACAUUGCCAUACUAACCGCAGCCACUGCCCCAUUUUCCACAUGAUUCCUGCUCAUUUCAAGAAUAUCUCCAUGUGGCCGCUGGUGAUGCACCACUGCAAAAGCUGCGGCUAUGAAACGCCUGUUGCCUAUACAGCUUCCGUCUUCUCAGAGCCUCAGUAUUGCAACCACGUACAUAUACAGACAUCUUUCCCUUUUCCGCUACACUGGCUGACUAUUCACUUCGUGCAGUGCGACUCCGCGUCCAUCGGGGUAUCGAUCCGUGCUGAAAGCGAGCUUGUGAAGAUGCAAGCAGCAGACAUGCGGCAGCAAGACGAGUUGGCGGGCCUCUUUGCUCGCACGAUGACCUUUUCGAACCCGACUCCGCCGCCGGAGGAGAAGCAACAACCAAAGCCCCCGAGUGAAGAGCCAAGAAAGAUAUAUGCCAGCAUGCACUAUGUUCCGCCUACCUCCUUCUCUCUCCAGACACCCCAGUCAUCCCCCGAGCCAGAGACAAGACCGCUGUCAGACAACGAGAUCGCAGAAAUGCUAGUGCAGAACGGCAUAGACCCCCAUUCACUUUUCCCAUCACAGGUAUCAUUAUUCCGCAACGCAGAAGCAGAUCAGCGAAACAGAUUGAUGGAGCUUUGGCGGAUUUCACCGCCAAAUUUGGGUGCCUACGACAUAGCGAAGGAGCAGGCCACUUGGUUGGAAACGACCCUGCAAAGGGAAGAGGAGGUGGCACGGCUGAAAUACGAAAGAGCGGUCAUAGAGGCGCAGGGCAUAGGUUCGCCUCAUGAUGCCAUUGCUGCUGUUGACCAGAUUAGCAGGCCCGCAUCGGCUCCUGAAGCACGUUCACCACCGGCCACAUCGGGUUUCGGUGCGUCUACUGCCGAGCCGUACAUGACAACUGGGUAUGAGAUGCUCGCACAGCGAGAGUAUGAUCGGAGCGAGGGGCUCUACUCCGAAUCGGCGACCUACAGGCAAGCUACCGAUCCGGCUUACCGAGGCGGUGGUAACUGGAACAAGAACAUGCAGGACAUGGAGAACAGUUACGGUGCUUAUGCUGCUGCUAGAGAGCAGAGCGGCAUGGCAAGCCUUAAUGGAUUGGAUGAGGACAUGGUCAUGUGACAAAGUUCUACAACGCUCCAGAGAUCUAUCCGUUAACGACGUCCUUCAAGUGCAUACACACGCGGACACAGCGUUGUUUCCUUUGUUCGUUUUUGAAAUGGAAAAUUGCAUGAUCUCGUUUGAGAGCUUUUUCUGGGUUACACGGAGGACGACGUACAGACUACGAUACCCCCACACUCACAUAGCAGAAAAUGCAUACUUAUAUCUCUGAUCUUUCAGGGAGUUUGACUAGUCCAAGAAUCUCGAAACCCAUCAGGCACUUCUUUACGCUCACGCCCCUGGCACGAGCAUCAUACUUUUAGCCAAGAAAGCGUAGGGCAUGG